GCUGAAGUCAUCAGAGAGAGAGAGAGAGAGAGAGAGAGAGAGAGAGAGAGAGAGAGAAAACUCAAGACAUCUGAAGCGUCUGAUGUUCACGAUCACUCAGUCCCACUCAUCAUGUCUUGGACAAAAUAUCAGCUCUUUCUCGCCGGUCUGAUGCUCACCACGGGCUCUCUUAACACGCUAUCCGCGAAAUGGGCUGAUAUGUUCUCUGCACCUGGAUGUAAGGGGUCUCCAGAACAUACCUUCUCACAUCCCUUUGUACAGGCUGUAGGAAUGUUUUUAGGAGAGCUGUCCUGCCUGGUGGUGUUCCACAUCCUCCUUUGUCAUGAUCGACGCAGACCUGAACCCUCUAUGGACCCAGGCCAAAAUUUCAGCCCCCUCCUUUUUCUCCCCCCUGCCCUUUGUGACAUGAUUGGGACGUCUAUCAUGUAUAUUGCUCUUAACAUGACCAGCGCAUCCAGUUUCCAGAUGUUGAGAGGUGCUGUGAUCAUCUUCACUGGACUUCUGUCUGUAUCAUUCUUGGGACGACGACUGGAGCCCAGCCAGUGGAUUGGGAUCCUAGUCACGAUCCUUGGUCUGGUGGUGGUUGGACUGGCUGACUUUGUGAGCGGCCAUGGAGAUGACAGUCACAAGCUCAGUGAGGUCAUCACAGGAGAUCUUUUGAUCAUCAUGGCACAGAUUAUUGUGGCAGUCCAGAUGGUCCUGGAGGAGAAGUUUGUUUACAAACACAACGUACAUCCCCUAAAGGCUGUUGGGACUGAGGGUUUUUUUGGAUUUGUCAUCCUCUCUCUCCUCCUCAUUCCGAUGUUCUAUAUCCACGUUGGCAAUUUUGGCGAUAACCCACGUCAGGUCCUCGAGGACGCGUUGGAUGCUUUCUGUCAGAUUGGCCACAAGCCUCUCAUCUUGCUGGCACUGCUGGGCAACACCGUGAGCAUCGCCUUCUUCAACUUUGCGGGCAUCAGCGUCACCAAGGAAAUUAGCGCCACCACACGUAUGGUGCUGGACAGUCUGCGUACUCUAGUCAUAUGGGUUGUGAGUUUGGCGCUCGGUUGGGAGAAAUUCCUCGGCCUGCAGAUCCUGGGCUUCAUUAUUCUUCUUGUGGGUACGGCGCUGUACAAUGGACUCCACAAGCCUUUGAUGGCCAAGCUGCCAUGCUGCUCUGGACCGCAGAGAGCAGAAGAGGAGGAUGUGCCAGAAAGAGAGGGACUUCUUGGUAGACAGGACAGCUAAUACUGGACAGUGAAGAAAUGCUGGCCAUGUGUGUUAAGACAUUGGGGGCCCUUGUGGUUUGCUCCGUUUUAACCUAUUUUACGCACAAAAAUGAAGUGAAUUGUAGUAAUUAGUCUUUCUCUGUCAAAUCAGAUGGCAGAAACAGCAUGAGUCAAUCACAUAUUGGUAUUUUUGAGCCAAAGCUCUUUACCGUACCGCUACUUAUUAUUAACACAUUUUCAGGGUGUCUUUCAACUGUAAAAAUAAGUGAUGCUUAGAUUUUAAAAAUGGAUUUACAGUCAAAUCAUUACUUUUAAAAAGGGAUGGAAGUAUUUUUUAUAACAAUUAUACUGAACAGGAUGUGGUAUUUAAUUUAGUUUUAGUCAGUUUUAUUUUUUUUUUUUUAAUUGUUUUAGAAACCAUUAGCUUUUCAUAUAAUUUGCUGCUGUUGGGAGUACAUGCCCUAUUAUUUUCGACGGGUAUUGUGUACCGACAUCCUAGUCGUUUGAGGAUUGUUCUAUUUGUUGUAAAUUAACAAAUGCCAGUUUAAAAAUACCAGGUUUCAUUUUUACAUGGUAGGAUGUGAAGAAUCACAAAACAUUUUUGUCUAUUUUAAUUCUGUAAAUUUCUCACACAUUCUCUUUAAAAGCAUUUGUGCAUGCAUUUUUUGUUACAUUUCAUGGAUGUGGAAAGACUGUUCAUUUUUUCACUAAAUGUUGGUACUAAGAGAAUGCAUGUAUGCCAUUCAUUUUAUUAUACAUGUGUAACAAAGACCACAGCCUGUUUUUGAUUUGUUUUUACCUCAUGAAUGCCGCAAUGAAGAUAUGACCAAGGAUGACAGUGUUGUGUUUUUGUAAAUGUUAAGGCUGUGUCUUUUACUUUAAAAUUGACGGUAAAUAUCAGUCAUGCACAACAAAGAUUAGCUGUAAAACAAAUAAUUUAUAUAAAUUUCAGUGUAACUUAUAUGUAAAUUAACGUUAGAUCCUAAAGCUAAACAUGCAAACUGCUCUCAGAUACGAAAUUAAAAGAGAAAUUCUGGCCUA